AUGACCAAGGAAAGAAGGAACAAUGGUCAUGCCAAAAAGGGUUGCUGCCCCUUGCAGCAUAUUCACUGUACUAACUGCACCAGAUAUGUACCCAAGGACAAGGCCAUUAAGAAGCUGAUCAUUGGAAAUAUAGAAGAGAGAAGAGGCAUGAGAGACAUUUCCAAAGUGAGAGUCUUUAAUACCUAUGUGGUUUCCAAACUGUAUGUGAAACUACACUGCUGUGUGAGUUGUAUAACUGACAACAGGGAAGUCAAGAGUCAUUCUCAUGAAGCCCAGAAAAACCAUACACCCCAUCCUAAUUUAGACUUACAGAUGCUGCCUCAUGACCUCUGCCAAAGCCCAUGUAAGGAGCUGAAUCCUUAA